AUGACUACACCACAACAAAAUAAUACUACAAAUAAUUUAACUUCAAACAGUGAUGAUCAUCAACAGAAAAUAACAACAACUGCUGAGACAAUUGCUCAAGCAAUGUUGAAGAAACAUCAACAAAAACUUCAGUUAUCACAUGGAAAAUCAUCAAGCGCUGGUGAACUAAAAGUAGGACCAUUUGCUAGAAUCAAAGAAAGUGAAAAAAAACGUUUUACAACUCCAACGUACGAUAGUGAUGAUGACAAUCUUUCUCCACACAACAAGAAUUAG